AUGGCUCCUUCUAUGUACAACAAGGACGAGAAAGUCCUGUGCUUCCACCAUGACAUCCUUUACGAUGCCAAGAUCCUGGACGUCCGCCACAAGGAUGCCAACGACAAGAAGAGCCCCUUUGAGUACCAAGUCCACUACAAGGGCUGGAAGAACACCUGGGAUGACUGGGUUCUGGAGGACCGUCUGCGCAAGCAUACCGAGGACAACCGUGAAUUGGCCAACAACCUGCGUCGCGAAGCUGAAGCCUCCUUCCGCCUGAAGAACGCCAAGCCCUCCUCGAAGAAGCGUGCUGGUUCCGACCGUGACUCUGUCCGGGACAGCGAGGAGCGCGGCAACUCCGUGCCCGGCCGUGGUAGCAAGCGAGCCCGUGACACUGACAUCGAAAAGGAAGAGAGCUUCAACCUCCGCCCGUCGGUCCGCAUCAUCAUGCCCGACAAUCUGAAGUCGCUGCUGGUGGACGACUGGGAGCAGGUGACCAAGAACCAGUGCGUUGUCUCUCUGCCGGCGAGAUUCCCGGUCCGCCAAAUUCUCAACGACUGGCACGAGGAGGAGCUGCCAAAGCGGUCGGGCUCGUCGGCGGAUGAGGACGUGCUGGAGGAAGUGGUUGCCGGACUCCAGGAGUACUUCGACAAGUGCCUGGACAAGAUCCUGCUCUACCGCCACGAGCGAGCGCAGUACCGAGCACUGCGCAAGAAGUUUGAGGCAGCCACCGGGGACCUGGCCGACAAGGGCCCCAUCGAUGUCUACGGAGCGGAGCACCUGAUCCGCUUGUUCAGCACCAUGCCCGAGCUGAUUGCUCAAACCAACAUGGACAUGCAGGCGACCAACCGCCUACGUGAGGAAAUCUCCAAGCUGUCCAUGUGGUUGAGCAAGAACUCGGAGAAGUACUUUGCCACCACCUACGUCGUGGCGGAGGCCACUCACUGA